AAAGGCUGUCCCGGCAUCUCUAGCAAAAUUAAAAUGAAAAAAAAAAAAAAGAAGAACUCUGAAGUAAUAAUAAUAUCAAGCCACCUGCAUAUCUUCAAUUUUAUUCCACUUCUCGGCAAGGAAUUACAAGAAUAGAAGUGUUUUUUCUUGAUUUUCUAACUCAAAUUCUCUUCGAUCGGGAUCCCUUGAAGUUACUUUGAUCAAAAGUUGAGGAAAUUGAAGCAAAUUUUAUUGUUUUUUUUUGGGGGGGGGGGGCGGGGCUAUGAAAUUAGUGGGAAUGACUUGUACGGCGGAGCAAGAAUGAAUUGUGGUGAGCCAAAUUCUGAAGUUUGAGGUACCAAUCAUGUGGUUUUCCUUUUGGAGAUCCAGAGAUCGAUUCUCCUUAGACGAACUCAGCGUGCAGAUAUUUAACAGACCAGCUGCAGAAAGUUCAAAUUGUUAAUGAAGUUAAUAAGGAUUUUGUUAUUGAGGCUUUGAGAUCUAUUGCGGAGUUGUUGACAUAUGGUGACCAGCAUGACUCGUCUUUUUUUGAGUUUUUCAUGGAGAAGCAAGUCAUGGGAGAGUUCAUACGUAUACUGAAUGUUAGCAAAACUGUGACUGUUUCUCUUCAGUUACUUCAAACAAUAAGCAUUUUGAUCCAAAACCUAAAAAGUGAACAUGCCAUUUACUAUAUGUUCAGUAAUGAACAUGUUAACUACCUAAUAACUUAUUCAUUUGACUUCCGCAAUGAAGAGCUACUUUCUUACUAUAUAUCAUUCUUAAGAGCAAUAAGUGGAAAGUUAAACAAGAAUACAGUUUCUCUGCUUGUAAAGACUCAGGAUGAAGAAGUAGUUUCUUUCCCAUUGUAUGUUGAGGCUGUACGGUUUGCUUUUCAUGAAGAAAGCAUGGUUCGCACUGCAGUGCGUGCGCUAACACUGAAUGUUUAUCAUGUUGGAGAUGAUUUUGUCAAUAAAUUCGUAACUAGUGCCCCUCAUUCUGAUUAUUUUUCAAACUUGGUCUCAUUUUUCCGGGAGCAGUGCAUCAAUUUAAGCAAAUUGGUUUCUGAAUGUCCAAAAAACCCAUGCUCAGAGUCAGUCUCUGCAAUACUUGCUACUGUGGAUGAAAUUGAGGACAAUCUUUACUAUUUUAGUGAUGUUAUCUCUGCUGGGAUUCCUGUUGUUGGGAGGUUAAUAACAGACAACAUUUUGCAGCUUUUGAUAAUUCCUUUGCUGUUUCCGGCUCUUCAAAUAGAUGCUGACAGUAACGUGAAGAUUGGUGCAGUCACUUCUUUGUAUCUACUUUGUUGCAUCCUGCACAUUGUGAAAAUCAGGGAUCUGGCAAACACCAUUGCUGUAGCUCUUUUAUAUCCGCUAGAGGCCUUUGCUGCAAAGUCUGAAACUAAACUCAAUGGCUUUGUUUCUGGAAAUGAUUGUGCACUUGAAAAUGAAGAACCAGACAUUUAUAGUGUUACCUCAGUGAAUGCUGGACAAUUAUGUCUUGAUAUACCAAACAAGGCUAGUUCUUCACAAGUUCAACCUGAAGACAUUAUCACAAAAAAGAAAUUUUCCCAUUCACAUUUGCCUUUGAGGGAGACUUUGCUUUCAUAUGUCACUGAUGGAGAUGAUGUACAAGCUCUGGGCUCCUUGAGUGUGUUGGCUACAUUGUUGCAAACAAAGGAAUUGGAUGAAUCAAUGCUAGAUGUUCUUGGCAUUCUUCCUCAACGCAAACAACACAAAAAACUCUUGCUGAACUUUUGCGUUGAAUUUGGGCAGCAAGCUUUGGUUGGUGAGGACUCAGGUGAAGAGCAGCUUUUCUCUUCUGAAAGUGGCUUUCUAAGAGAUGGUGUUUGUAGUGAGCUUGAUGGAUAUCUGCAAAAGUUGAAGGAACAAUAUGGAGUGUCUUGUUCUGUCGCAGAAGCAGGAGCAAGCCCUUGUAUACAUAGAAACCAGGUACUUGAUGCGUUGGUCAAUCUUCUUUGCCGGUCAAAUAUAUCCGCAGAAACUUUGUGGGAUGGUGGUUGGCUUUUGCGCCAAUUGCUUCCUUAUAGUGAGGCCGAGUUCAAAAGCCAUCAUCUUAAAUUGAUGAAGGAUUCAUAUAGGAACUGCACAAGCAUUCUUCUGCAGGAGACUAAAGGAAUCUGGCCUGAUCUACUUAUAACAGUGCUUUGUGAUGAGUGGAAAAAAUGCAAAAGAGCUAUUGAGGCUUCAUCCCCUAGAAAGGAGCCCAAGUGCAUACUAUUGCCAUUUCAGAAAUUGAAUUCUGAAGAUAUUCCUGCUGAAUCAUCCUUUGCUGCUGGUGAGAGGAUGAAUGAACUUCUAAAGGUAUUUGUACUUCUUCAUCAACUUCAAAUUUUCUCCCUCGGUAGGGCUCUGCCUGAGCAGCCUCCUAUUCUUCCCCCAAUUGAUAUCCCAGAAAUAUCCCGUGCCAGGACAGCUGGUCUGGAUGUUUCAGGUCCAAAGCCAGGCACUGAAAUAAGACUUGUUCAUGCACUGCCUUGUAGGAUUGCUUUUGAGAGGGGCAAGGAACGUCAUUUCUGCUUUCUAGCAGUUUCUAUGGGCACAUUGGGAUGGGUUCUCCUUGCUGAAGAGUUACCCUUGAAGCAGCAUUAUGGAGUUGUACGUGUUACUGCACCUUUGGCUGGUACAAAUCCUAGAAUUGAUGAUAAGCAUUCAAGAUGGCUACACUUACGGAUUCGUCCUUCAACAUUACCCUUUUUGGAUCCUCCUAAAUCCGGCACGUUUGGGAAAAUGAGGAUAAAAACUCUUGUUGAUGGGAGAUGGACCUUAGCUUUCAGGGAUGAUGAAUCCUGCAAAACUGCUUUAUCUAUGAUUAUUGAGGAGAUUAAUCUACAAAGCAGUGAAGUCGAAAGAAGACUAAAACCAGUUCUUGACCUUGAACUGUAGAUUCUUCAAAGCUUUCUCUAUAUCCUUGAGUACUUAUUCAAAUUCUACCUUUUACUAAAUCAUAGUUAGCUUUAUGCUUUUCAGGUGAGAGUUUGCUGUCUUUACUCCCUUUUUAUAUAUAUGCUCCUAAGGCGACCCUAGAUAUACCCUCAAAUGUAAAUUAGCUCCCCACAUUUAGUGUCAUUCUUGGUAUACUAGCUAUCCCAUGUCUGAUUUGUUAGUUUAUUAUUGGCCUUGUCUUUUCAUAAUUUGGCCCCUUUUUUUUGUUUUGUGUUUUUGUUUCUGGUCAUUUUUAAGCGGCUUCCUAGCUUAGGCAUUUUCUCCCCCUAAUUUUGUAAGUUAUGUAACAUCAUUGUACAUUUCUUUUGAAAUCACCUCAGCAGCAUGUUGAUUUUAUUUGGAAAAAUUACAACAGAAUAGUUUGCUCGGUGCUUGCCGCAGAGCUUACUAUCAUAAAGUAUUGAUAAAGCUGUGGAACAAUUUGAAUGCCAGCAUUCGUUGCUCUGUACAGAGGAAACCCUUAGUUAUGCAUCAUCAUCAUCAACAUUUGUUCAACAUUUGUUAAGACCUCAUUUUGAUUUUUGGCUUUCAGAUGUACACAGAUUUUUACAUUCACCUAUAUAUUUUCCUUGGAAUAUGAAGGAUAUGAUAUUUUGUUGGAAUUUCUAGGGGAAGUCUUGUUGUAUGAUUUAACCGAUGUAGAAGAAGAAAAAAAAAAUCAUAGGUUAGACGCUUUCAAGAUUGAAACCAUCUCAAGGAUAAUCAUGUUUUUCAUUAUGGUUUAAAUGGAUUUUUAAAAUGUUAUUUUUAAGAUACAAUGCUUAGUCGAGUAGAAUUAAUAUUGCAUUUCAAGAUUCCCUUGAUAAGAGUAUUUGACUUUAGAAGAGAUUGUUUGUAAAAGGUUUAUUAGCACGUGUUAGUAAAAAUAUAUGCAUAAACCUAAACCACGAGGCCGGGGUGAACAUGGUUUGGAAGGACAGUCUUGAAACCAGGAUUGUAGGCCCUUCGUAUGGGAUUGAUUUUAAAAACAAUGAUUGUGGACCAUUAUAUAAGAUUGCGAAUUGAUCAUAAAUUUCACAAAUUUUCUAAAAAAUAAAAAAAUUAUAAUGACAUGUAACUUUCCAAUCUCAAUAGUAACAGAAAAAAAAU